AUGCAGUCUAAUUACUACAACGAAAAUGGAUACUAUUGUCAUCCAAAUUAUCAACAACAUCCAAAUUAUCCCUACAAUCAACAUCAAUUCGACGAUUAUAAGACUCAUUCACAACAGAAUGGCGGUUUUAACGUUCCUCUACAACAAUACGUAGAUCAUAAUGCUCAUUCACAACCACAAGGUGGGGUUCCUCCACAACAAUAUAAUGCUCAUUCACAACCACAAGGUGUUUUUCCUAAAGCCCCGCAACCUGUACAUUUAAAUGUCAAUAUUAAUCAACCGCCGAUGGAAUCAUCAUCACCCACAUUCAGUGAGAAGGAAAGAAAGGAACGUGAAAAGGCUAUAAGAAAAAAAAUAUCCAUAUAG